AUGGAACAUCAAACCGAGACAUUGGAUGAGAGUGGUUACUCUUCCAGUUUUCACUCGAUCCACCCAGAGUAUCUUUGGCUACCAGUAUCUCCAUCUGCAGCCAGUACUGCCGUGGAAAGCCACGAGAGCAAAGCUUCAGGUGAGAGUCAAGCGGCUGAGGCAGCUGAGGAUACUGAAGCACAGCCAGAGGGAGGACUGGCAGGACGAGACCACGAGGACAAAGGGCCUGCAGCUGCCGCACCUCUCCCGUCCGGCAGUGCAACUUUGCGUCGGGCAAAGGCAUUGUCCAAGAUAGCACUGGAUGAAAGCACUAAGGGAAACUCUAGGAGAGCGUCUCAGGCCUCUCAUGUACAGAAAUUGCGAGAGGAAUGCCAAGCAGCCCGCACCCGGAUCCAAGUGAAUGUCUCUUCUGUGAGCAAGGCUUUUGAGACUGCUCGCUCCCUUGAAGGUUAUCUUGUCCAUAUUGAAGACUCCAAGAAUAGAGUCAAACAUGCUCGAAAUGCUCGUUGGGCGGACUUGGAAGUAUGUCAAGAACGGCUGCAGAUCCUAAGCAACCUAGACUGGUCUGAGUUUGAAUCUGCAAGCGUCGAAGGCCUGGAACACAUGGACCGGAUUCCACGUGACCGUGGCCUUCGAAGAUCCCUGGCUGAAGCUUUGGAGAUUGAGCAGGAGGCUUUGCUGCUAUUGCGACGGGAGCUUGGCUCCCUGCUGACCUACCACACAACUGUGGCGGAGGUAGCAGCUGAGUUGCGCGGGAAGCUGCAACAGGAAGCCUCCCAGAGGCGUGCGGCCAUGAGAAAAGAUCAUGUAGCCCUGACACAACCUGGUGAAGGUCAGGAAGUUCAGGACUUCAAAGCCUUUGAUGAGGGCAACUUUUGGGUGAAGAAAGCACGAUCGCUCGAAGAUAGUGCUCAACAGCUGAUGCAGAAGUCUGUGUCGACCAUCCAAUGGACUGAUGUCGAAUGUGCCAAGGCCAGCCACAGGGUUCAGGAAUGUUUGUCACGUUGUUCGGAAGAAGAUCAACUCUUGAGGUGGCGGUAUGAUGCUCAGUUGAAAGAUGUCGACUUCGCAAUUUCGUGUGCAGACUGGACGGUCAACAAACCCGGGAACAAAUCCAUGCAGGGUUCUGAUCCCAACUUUUCCCAAGUGCAAAGAGCCAAUGUACUGCUUCAUGAGCUCAACGCGAGCAAGAGGCACCUGAAAUCUUUAGUUCGAAAGUGUAAGCGAGAUUUGCAGAUCCUGGAAGCUUGCAGAAACACCACUCCUUUCACCAUUCAUCAGAAGCGAAAGGAGAGGAAGGCCAGAAAGGAGGAGAAGUCCAUGGAAGUGGAGAAAUCCAGGCAUUCCGAGAUGUCCAGACGCACUACUAGCAGCGAAAGCUCUGGUCGCUUGGGAGGAUUGGAUGAGUUGCGGCAGCUACAGGCUGAAGAGCGCGAGCUCAAGAGAGAACUACGUGCCUGCGAGACAGGGGUAGAACGCUGUGCUGCAUGGGCAUCACUGUUGGCAGAUUUGGAGGAUCGCAUUGCCGAGACCUUGCGCCGGUGA